UGUAAGAUUGGUAAUCUCGCGUGGAUGAAACUUCCCCCAGCAGAACAAAUGCAAAUUUGAAUCGGCUUUUGGAUUUUUCAUGGUUUGAUGGUGCCUCAAAGACAGUAAUCACCAUGGGCUACAUCUCUGUGCAAAGAUCUUCACAAAUGAUCAGGCCAAAGUUUGCUGCCCGGGAACCAAGUGAUCCGUUUGAUGCGGUUUUUGAUGGAUGCGUCGUGCAAAAUUUGGACUCAGGACGUUGGCUGGAAUAUGCUCCACGAAUUUCGUAACGGACAGACAGACUCACACAUACAAAAAGAUCAGUGGCGGUCCGAGG